AUGAAGAUGGUGACGGACCGAAGCUGCAGGCAAGUCACCUUCUCCAAGCGCCGGACCGGACUCUUCAAGAAAGCCAACGAGCUCGCCACCCUCUGCGCCGUAGAUCGCCAUCAUCGUCUUCUCCCCCGGCGGCAAGCCCUUCUCCUUCGGCAACCCCGGCGUGGAGCCCGUCGUCGGCCGAUUCCUAAAUCGGGGCGACGAACACCACGACGGCCAGCAGAGGCAGCAGCGGCUACCGAGAGAUUCUGGAGGCCUACCUCCUCCCCGCAAACCAAAAAAUCGGUGUGUCUACCUCCUCCCCGCAAAGCCGCAAACCUUCCGACCCCUUCUGCUGCUCUGCUUUUAGUUUCUCUCUGCUGGUCUGCAAUCGACCGGUCGUUGCAUGCGCCUUAUGGAAGAGCCUCUGCCAUGCGACGAGGGGCAGGGAGAAGGCGGAGGUGGAGUCGGCGGGGCGGCGAGGUGGAGGCGCCGACGAUGGUGGAGGGGGAAGGGCUGGUCUCUGAGAGACUGUGA